AUGUCGAAAAUUCCUCGAAACUUCAAGCUCUUGGAAGAGUUAGAAAAGGGCGAAAAGGGCCUUGGUGCCGAGUCCAUCUCUUACGGCUUAGACAAUCAGGAUGAUAUCACCAUGACCUACUGGAAUGGAACCAUCUUGGGACCUCCACACUCUUCGCUUGAAAACAGGAUCUUUUCGUUGAAAAUCGUCUGUGAUGAGACUUACCCAGAUAAGCCUCCUAAGGUGACGUUUGUUACUCUGAUCAACUUGCCCUGUGUUGACUCCAAGGGAAACGUCAUAGUGCCAAAGUUUGACACUUUGAAAAACUGGAAGAGAACCUAUUCCAUUGAGACUGUUCUUUUGGAAUUGAGAAAGACCAUGGCAUCUCCUGAGAACAAAAAAUUGACCCAGCCAGAAGAGGGAACCUUGUUCUAG